AUGCCACUCCACAGCGAGCUCGAGACCCCAGAGAACUUGCUUGCCUAUUCGGUUGACCCGCUCCUUGCCUCGCUCUUUGACUUUACCCUUUCCGUCGACUCCACGCCUCCGGACAACGGCCGAAUCUCGCCGCCCAUUCCGCUGGCGGUCCGUGAGCCGAGCUCCCACUCGCCCGCACAGCGUCCGUCGGCGCGCCGUUGCCGCCGGUCGCGGCGGACCCGCCGCCGUAUGCAGCCGCGGAAGGAAAAUUCGAUUUUCAAGUACGCGCGGGAUGUAGCCAACUCCCUCGCAGACUAUGCCCUCCUCUCCGACCACUCCUUUACCAUCUUCGAGCUUGCGACGAAUGCUGACGUCCCACCGCGCCGCACGUCUGAAAUCCUCAACAUCCUCCGCGGCCUGGGCAUGGUCGCCCGCGUCUCGCGCCGCUACCCGCUCUGCUACCGCGUCACCGACGCGUCGUUCGUUUCGCCGCGCUGGGAUCCGGCGGCAGGCUUUGCCUCGCUCGCCCGCUUGGCGGGGACCGACGCAGCAAAGCCGCGUCAGGCCCGAUCGUUGGCCAACCUCGUGGCCCCUAUCCUCGCCGCAGUCGCCGCCAGCCCCGAGCCCAUUUCGCUUGCCGGCAUCAUCGCCACUCUCGGCACCGAGUCGACUCAGCGCAUCUCUGCCACUGUCCUUGUUCUCCACGCCAUCGGUGCCCUGCGCCAGUACCAGCACCAGCGCCAGUACCAGCGCCAGCGCCAGUACCAGCACCAGCGCCAGUACCAGCGCCAGCGCCAGUACCAGCGCCAGCGCCAGUACCAGCACCAGCGCCAGCACCAGCGCCAGCGCCACCAUGGCCGCCACAUCCUCAACAAGGGCGUCGUGGUCACCCUCGGCAACGGCAGCCAGCCCAUUACCUCGGCUAUCGUCGCGUUCACAUACUCGCAAGAGGUGGAGGUCUCGGCCGUGGCCCUGGCACUCGAUGCAUCGAGUGGAGAGCUUGUGGGAACGGUGCACUCAGCACAGGCGCGGAAUGCUGCCCUACCGUCUGUGGUGCUGCUGAAGCAGACCGAGGCGCCGGCAGGCGCCACCGAGGCCUUUAAGGUCAGCCAGCUCCCACUCAACAAGCCGCACCUCCAGCUGUACUUUGCGCUCACGGCGUACACCGAUGACGGGUUAGCCGCCAUGUCAAGUGCCGUUGUCAACGUCUACAACACGAGCAUCGCCUCGGCGCCGCCGAUUCUCCUCUGCUCGCUCGAUCUCUCGGCCCAUGGCCGCCCUCCGUCGGGCACCACCGCCCUCCUCGCCGCGCGCAUGCUCGCGGUUGACAUUGCGUCCAACGCGCUCGCGCCCGCUGAGCCCGGCCGUGCCCGCCUCCCGCCGUCGCCGGUCUCGUGGGUCACCCGCUUCCAUGCCCUUGUCCAGCCGUCACAGGCCCGCGACGACGCAGCGCUGGCAGCAGUCGUCGCCUCGUCGGCCCUCGACACCGUGCCCGACUCGGCCCUCUUCCUCUCGCCGGGCGAUGUAGUGUUCUUCGGCGGACCGCGCGAGCUCCAGCUCGACGUCUCGUGGCACACGCCGGGUGCCGCCAUCGUUCCUCCGCCACUCUCGCUCUCUAUCGUCGCCUUUGACAGCACCGGCACCGUGGUCGGCGUUCUCUCCAACGCCGAAAAUGGCGAGGUCCCGCACGAGUGGGGCAUGAUUGCCGGCUCGGGUCAUGCCCUUGUCUCGGACGGUGGCACCACGUCGGCGCUCGUCGCGCUGAGCAAGCUCGAGCCGACUGCCGUCACCCUCGCGGUCAUUGCCCACGGCGCGUCCGAGCUUGCCGCGCUCACCGCGUCAACGCUUCCGUCACGGGUCAUGCUUCGCCAGGGCUCGACGUCGGGCGGCCCGCCACGGCCGGUCGCCGAGUUUGUGCCCUGCCUCGGCGCCGGCAUCACUGCGUCGGGAAUGGUCCUCGCCGUCGUCUUUCACGACGCCGGCCUUGCCAAGUGGUCCAUGCGCGCAGUCUCGGCGCCGCUCCAGGGUCCUCCGCUCGCCGGCUACCUCUCGCAGAUGAAGAUGCACCUCAAGCACUCGCUUCCGGUGGCGCUCGAGCUCGACGCCGGUGACAUGAUCAACUUUGAGGGCCCGCGCCGGGUCUCGCUUGCUGUCGGCUGGUCGCCAGCCUCGGCCGAUGCCACCCCGGUUGCGCUCCUCCUCUCGCAAGACGUCGAGCUGCUUGAGGCCGUCGACGCCUCAUCGCCGGCCUCGCACUCGGGCGCCGUCACUCUCGCGGCUCGCACCACGUCGGCGUCGGGCAAGCCCGAGUUUGUCGUCGAGCUUCCGCUUGUCGCCGACGAGACUGCCUUUAUUGUCCUCGCUCUGGUGGUCAACACCCGCGGCCGUGGCGCCCGCGUCGGUGCCGCCACCGCCACCUUUACCAACAUCACCGGUGCUGCCGCCCAGCCGCUGGCCGUCUUUGAGUCCAAGUACCCGCCAGACACGUCUGCCGCCAUCGUCUCGGUCCUCUCGCGCGACGAGGCCACCGGCAAGUGGACACUCAAGGCGCUCGGCCUCGCCUACAACUCGACAGUCCUCUCAUACGACGCCAUCAUGCCACGUCUCGCCGCCGACCUCUCGGCAGACGUGGCGCAGGUCCUCGACCUCGGCCCGUCGGACGUCCUCGCCUUUCACGGUCCAUCGACGGCCUCGGUGACCAUGGCGUGGUUCGACGGUCCGCCGACCGGCAUGCGUGGCCUCUGCCUCCUCUACGACCAACGUGGCUCGCUCCUCUCGUGGGUCGGCUCGAACAAGCAUGCGCCGCAGGGCGUCUCGGCACUCGUCCGCGCCUCGCCCGACGGCGCCGUCGCCUACGCCUCGGGCCCGGGCCCGGCCUCGCGCACGCCGCGCGGCGCCACCGGCUCGGUCACCUUUGAGCUCGCCCUCCCGCACAUCCCGCUCGACGUCGGCGUCCUCGUCUUUGCACUCGAGGGCGACACGUCCCGGACCGCCACCCCGUUUGCCUCGGUCUCGGCCACAAUGGCCGUCCUCGCCGACGUCUCCGCCGUCGAUCCAGGCCUCCGUCGCGACAUUGGCCAGUACGCUUCGUACAAGCGCGGCAAGCACACUGGCAUUGUCCUGGCCCUCCUCUAUCGCGACGUGGUCAAGGUCGGCAAGUGGAAGUUCCAAGCUGUCGGUGACCCGGUCCGCGGCUCGCCGCUCCCGCUCAUGUCGCGCAUUGCCGGUGCCGCCGCUAACGUCAUGGGCUUUGCCGCCGCCUCGCAAGCCGCCCGCGCCGCCGGUGCUGCUCUGCACGACGUCGCGAGCAACAUCCAGGUCGACGACGUGUCUCCGUCCGCGCCGCCGGUUCCGGUCGACGCCACCUCGCUCGCCCUCCGCAAGGGCGACAUUCUCUCGUUCGAAGGCCCCUCGCGGAUUGCAGUCUGCUUCUCCUGGUCGCGCGAGGCCCGCCGCUCCGGCUCGGGCGGCCUCGCACCCGAUGUCGAUCCUGUCGCCCUUGCGUGCUACGCUGUGUCGGACUCCUCCGCUAUCCUCGAGGUCAUCGACGCCGACAAUGGAUCGUCGGCCUCGGGUGCCAUCGUCCACUCGGUCCCACGCUCUGGCGUGCCUGGCGUUGAGUCAUCCUCGUCGCUCUCGGGUCCAUCGUCGCAGGGCUCGGGAGAAGAGACCAUCGAGAUCGAGCUCGCCGACGUCGACCUCACAGCCAACGUCCUUGUCUUUGUGGCCUCGUCGCCAACAGAGAGCGGGCUUGGCGGUCUGCGCUCGCUCAACGUGACGCUCACCGACGUCUCGGGUGCGUUUGAGCGGCAGAUCUGCUCGUACCCGGUCACGUUUGAAGCCUCGUCAUCCAAGGUUAAUGCGCCGUCGCUCAUCACUCUCCUGCUAUUCCGCGACCCGGCGUCGCAGCUUGUGCUCUCGCAGCAGGCGCGGGCUGCGCCGUCGGCGCUCCUCCCGCCGGGCAAGUGGAAGGCCAAGACGCUCUGCUCACACGUCCGUGCUGUUGAGCCGCAAGACGUAGUCGACGCGUGGGCUCAGAGCCAGCGCGGCAAGGUCGCGCCAAAGCGCGUUGUCCUCAACCGCGGCGACGUGCUCGCCUUUGAAGGCCCCGACCGGGUCAUCGUUGGCACCGGGUGGGACGUUGACGACAGUCCGCUGGCUGCACCUGAAGUCUCGACCGCCAUCCUCCUCCUCGACGAGCACGAGCAGCUGGUCGGCGUGGUCUCGGCGAGGUCGCCGCGGUGGCCGACCGAAGACUCGCCGCUCUACGCGUUGCACGCGUCAGGCGAGGCUGCAGUGUGGCCAGCCUCGGUCCACGCGCCGUCGCUCCUCGACUCGGGUGUGGUCAUGCACUCGGGCGAGCAAGGUCGCGGCGCUGACGCCGAGGCCGGGCCCUCGUCGGGCUCGCACGACCCCGAAGCGCUCUUUGUCGAGCUCGACUUGGUCCCGCCGCAGAUCGCGCAGCUUGUCGUUGUGGUCUCGGCCUUCCGCUCGUCGUUUGACUCGGUCUCUGGCGCCUACAUCCGCCUCAUCAACGCGUCGUCAUCUCCCAAGCGCGAGAUCGCCAUGUUUGACAUCGGCGACCUCCGUGGCGACCACAACGCCGUCGUCAUGUCCUCGCUCUACCGCGACUCGGAGUCGCCGGGCAAGUGGAAGUUCCGCGCGGUCGGCAACCACGCCCUCGGCUCGGGCUACGCCGACCUGCUCGCCUUUCUGGAACAGUCACGCCACGAAGUCCGACCGGCGACCCAGCACGUGCUCGCCCUCAACGCCGGCGACAUGGUCCUCUUUGACGGCUCGCAGUCGGCCACGGUGGUCGCCGAGUGGGAACUCGCGCCCGGCUCGACCCUCCCGCCGCUCGAGUUUUCGGCGUAUGUCUUUGACACCCGCGGCGGGCCGGUUGGCCGCAUCGAUGCCAAUACCACCGCUGGUUGCUCCGGCUCGGUCCUCUUUGAGCCGCGCCUCAACGCGCCGCACCGCAUCGCCGUCCGCCUCGACGCCGUCCCGGACUCGGUCAUGACGGUCAUGUUUGUGCUCACUGCCUUUGGCGCCGACUUUUCCGCCCUCAACAAGCUCACCGUCAAGCUCGCCGACGCCACCAUCGCCUCGGAGCCCGACCGCGACAUUGCCGCCUACGAACUCUUCGAUUCGGCCCUCCGCGGCGAGCACUGUGCUGAGCUCGCCGCGCUGCUCUUCCGCGACGAGGAGUCGGGCGGGCGGUGGAAGUUUAAGGCCGUGGGUGAGGCUCUUGGCGUCGUUGCCUCGCCGGUCGAGCUCGUCUCGGUCCUCCAGCCACGGCUGGCGUCGGACCUUGCCCGCUCGCUCGCCCUCACCCAGGGCGACAUCCUCACCUUUGAGGGCGCAUCCAAGGUUGUCUUUGGUCUCGGAUGGGACGGGGCGCAAGGCACGCUCUCGGCCUCGCUCCGCCUCACCGCCGGCGCCCUGCUCCUCGACGACAAAGCCGCCCUCUCCGAGGUCGUGUGGUCGGGCAACACCAACUCGGCGGCACAAGGCUGUGUCUCGUUUGUCGACGGCCGCAUCGCCGCCGAAGUUGUCGACGACGAGCAGUUUGUCAUCAACCUCGAUCACGUCCCGCUCUCGGUCCGCCACAUCUUCUUUGUCGCUGCCGGCUUUGAGGUCAACGACUGGCCGCGCGUCGAGCACACCUACAUCCGCAUGGCCGACGUUUCGGAUGGCUUUGACGAGCGCGAAGUGGCCAAGCUCGACUUGCUCCGCUCCGGGCCGGGCGCGACGAACGCAGUUGUUCUCGGACACCUCUACCGCGAGUUUGACGAGCUCGACGCGGCACCCAUGGCCGCCGGCGCUGGCAAGUGGAAGUUUAUGGCCAUCGGCCAGCCGGCCGACGGCACCACCUUUGCACAGAUGCUGCCAGCCGUCCGGCCGUAUGUGGUCGAGAGCGGCGGUGUUGUGGUUGCGAACAAGGGCUGCUGUGCUGGGUGCGUCGUGUCGUAAACCGAUAACUCAAAGU